UUUAUUCUAUGGUUGGGGCACGUGGCAUCAAUAAAAAUGCAGCUGAUAAUGACGUCUGCUGAUGUGGAUUUGAGGUUAUGUCAGGUGAUUUGUGUGGCCUGAUUAGCUCAACCAAAAUAACUAUUUUUAUUGGAAAUUGGCUAUAAGAGACAUCUGGCGAAAUGACCAGUCAAAUCGAAGAGUUCUAUGCGUCAAUUGCAGUUCCUUCCAAUUUCGAAGAAACCAAAAAACAAAUUCAGAAAUUUUGCGAACGUCAUUCCAACCAAAAAAUAGUUCUCGUAACGUCCGGGGGGACCACGGUGCCGCUGGAACACAACAUGGUGCGCUACCUGGACAACUUCAGUGCCGGGAGCAGGGGCUCCGCUUCCACGGAACACUUCCUGGACCGGGGCUACGCCGUCAUCUUCCUGCACAGGUUGAACUCCUUCGAGCCCUUCGUCAGACACUUCAGUGGAAACAGCAUUCUCGACAUGCUGGAGGCGAAGGGGGACGACCUGGUGGUGAGGCGGGAGUGGGUGGGCGCAGUGGCCCCGGUGCUGCAGAGGUACCGCGCCGUGCGGGCGGACGGGCGGCUGCUGAGCGUGCCGUUCAGCACGCUGGGGGACUACCUGUGGCUCCUGCGCGCGGCCAGCGAGCGCCUGGCCGCGCUCGGACCCCGCGCGCUGCUGUACCUCGCCGCCGCCGUCUCCGACUUCUACAUCCCGCCAGCGGACAUGCCGGUGCACAAGAUGCAGUCGGACGCGGGGCCGGUGAACAUCUCGCUGAAGAUGGUGCCCAAGAUGCUGGGGCCGCUCGUCAGCUCGUGGCUGCCGCGCGCGUACGUCGUGUCCUUCAAGCUGGAGACGGACGAGAGCCUGCUCCUGCAGAAGGCCCGGCGCGCGCUCACCACGUACAGGCACAAGCUGGUGAUCGCCAACCUGCUGAAGACGCGCAAGGAGCGCGUGGUGUUGGUGACGGCCGAUGCGGAGCAGGAGAUAACGGUGACAGCAGAGGAGUCGUCGAGCGGAGUCGAGAUCGAAGCCAAGAUCACCGCCGAGCUACUGCUGAGGCACGAACAGUUCAUCGCAGCGUCUGCUGGCAGAUAGCACGCGCACACCGCUCCCGUCUCGGCUAGCACGCGCACGCACAUCACGGCCGGGUUUUUAAUCUUUCAGUGUCGGGUUAGGGUUCAUGGUUUCAAAUCACAACACAUCAUGUUCGCUGUUUCUCAGUGGAAGAUCCAGGAACUCACGAGAGGGAAGUGAUGGGGUGUAACUCCCGGAAGUUUCUUUAUCCAGAGGACUACGUGGACUUCCCACUGAAUGUCCUCACCUGCAAGGGUGAUGUUACCGAGACAUCAUUGAGUCGACAUCACACAUUAACGUAAAAGCCCCGGAUCAUCUCACAUACAUAUCCACAAUACAUCUUACGAAAUGCUUACCGCUUGUCAGAUGGAUGUAAGGUAGUGAGUUUUUAACUGCAGAUAUUUAUUUAGUGUUAUUCCAUGUAUGUAUUUGGAACUUCAAAUAUUAUUUUAUUUUCAUUUUUAUGGAAUGUACUGCUUUGAUUAAAGAUUUUAGUGUUAUUCCAUGUA